GUUUUCGUUUAAAUUUGAACGCAUCGUUUGGCUCAUGCGCAAUGCGCAAAUCCGGACUUAUCACGUGUCAAAACAAAUGUGAUUGUUCCUCUAUAAAGUUUGUUUUCUGGAUAGUUUGUCACUAUCAGCCAACCUUUAGAUAAAUUGUAUAGUUGUAGGCUAUUACAUUAAUUAGGAGCUAACACGUUUCAUUGUCGUAAGUAGAGGUAGCACGUUCUCAGGGCCAAUGGCGUCCUGUGUAACGGGGUGGAUAACUUCAUGCUCCAACGUCAUUUUAUCUGCCACUGCAUUGUACUCCUCUUAUAGACUCUUUAAGGACCACAGGGCUCCUUCAGUGGGCCUAUUCAUGCUGGGACUCUCUGCAGCGCUUUGCAUUUUGCAUCCCUCCAGCUCACACCUAACCUCCUUCCAGAGGGAAGCUGAGUGGGCUGGAGAGGUUCUGGCUCCAGCGCUGGUCUCCUUCGACUUUCUGUGGAUCAGCCAAGACCACAACACUGCACACAUUCUCCUGUGUGGCUCCUGCCUGCUGCUGGGACUGCGUGAUUGGCUCUCACCACAUGCACUCACAGUCCUGACUCGCUGCGCGGGUCUGUCCUCCCUGUCCUGCUGCCUGACAGUUUGCCUGUUUGCCAGUAAUGCUCUAGGGGCCCUAGGUGGUGUGGCCCUCAGUCUGCCACUGCUUUUGUCUCCGCAGGUUGAAACUAACUCUUUUGCUCCACUGAUUUCUCAGGCUGCCCCUGACGGACUGAUGAAGUGGUUUUUAAAAGGAUUCAUGGCCGUAGGCUGUUGGGCCUCAACACAGGCCCUUGGAAAGUUUCUGUUGGAUGUGACUGACUGACAAAUUGAUGGCAUAUAGUAAAAUAGGAGAGAUCUGUGUGCUUAGACAGAUCUGUGCAACUUUAUGAACUUGCUGGUGCUACUAAGUGACAAAUGUGGUAACAUCAUAUAAAGCAUUACAUGCUUUUACAUAUACACUCCCUGACAAAAGUCUUGUCCUAUAAGGACAUAGUAACCUAAAAUGUCAUAUAACUUUAUUUCUAAUCAUUCAGUUGUCACAGUAAAUUGUUAAUUUUAAUGUCAAGUGCAUUCACAUUAAUAACUGGGUGCAAAAUGAAACCAUCAAAAAGUGUCCUGAUGUUCACAGCUUGGUGAAGCCCAUAACAUCUGCUCUGGUGUUUGUUUAUAUCAUGGUAUGUCUGUUUUUGGAAUAUGUGUGUUUUUACUGGAAUGUACAGUAGCUGAUACACCAAGACCAUGGCUGAACUCUACACAAACUUAAUUUGCACAGAAUAAGGCAAAACACUGAUUCUAUUGAACAUCCAUGUGCAUAAUGUACAUAAUUCACAAAUGACAGGCCAGGGGUGGUGUUGUGCAUCACUGUAGGGCAACAUUAGCCAAAUUCAAAAUACUGAAAGUGCCUGGGUGAUGUUUAACAUGUCUGACCUGACUGUCGUGAAGCUGGUGUGUGGGUAUUUUAAUGUCCUAUAUGAUAAUAUUAGUGCAUUUCUAGCAGGCUGUAUAUAUUAUCUACAGUACAUGGAUCACUGACAUCCAGUACACAUCUGCUAAAAGCUUCAGUGUUUGCUAAAACAUCCAGCUGCCUCAGAGUCUGGGUCCUGUGUGUUCUAUAGCCUCAGCAGUAUCAGUGCCCUACUCUUACUUUGUCGUGCUCAUUUCACACUCAGCACUGCACUUUUUUUUAUUACAUCCUUAGUUUUAGUGGCUGUAAUCUAAACUGAAAUGACCUCAUCUCUAACUCACCACCACUUAAAUGAGGUUGGUGUAAUUUUGUUUGUCCACAGUGCUGUCCUUCCUUGAUAUUGAUGUUCUUUACAGUGAUUUGUUGUUGACACUGCAGUGUUUCUCAGCUGCCUCAGCAAAUUUACUGCAGUCUAUGUACAAACAUCAGUGGCUUUGUGCCUCUGCGCCUCCCUGUGCCUUGUCGGGCAUCAAGGCCACUAGUGUACAGAGAUGACUGAUCGCCCACAUUAAUAGUUACCAGUGUACGCACUUCCGUGCAACACUUCCGCCUUAACAUCAGUGUUUAUGAAGCUCAGAAUGUUUGUUUUUGGUGAAAUCA